AUGGCAAAAUCCGAUUAUUUCCCCAGGUACGGGGUUGAAAAUUAUUCUUUUGUUACUUCUUAUGAACUUUCAUUUGAUAUGGUUUCUUCAACUGAAUGGAUGCGAAGAAAUUGGAUUCAUUCAAUUACUUUAUCUGUUAUUUAUAUUUUUGGUAUUUUUGGUGGACAAAAAGUAUGUAUUUAUUUCUUAAAUUAA